AAAUCAACUUCCCAUUUAGCUAAAAGUGAUAGCAAGCUGGAUUACCAAAUUAGAUAGCUAACAUAUUUUAAAUACACUAUUUCAUAACUCUCCCAUUUUACAUUUUUAGUGGACUUUUAACAAGCCAUCGCGGGAGAUCUGUCACACCUUGCCAUCAGAGUGUGAUGAUGAUGGGCCACCAGAAUGAUGAGGAAGAGGGUGGUAAUAAAGACAACAGAUUCUACAUCGAGGCCUCCAGUAGCUCAGAAGGUGAGCUGGGUUUUAGUCAGUACAAACAGUCCAGCUCACCGAGAGCUCCCCAGGCCACUGGAGGAAACUCUCCCCUAGUUCUGGCCUUCCCUCUCUCGUCUGGCCGGGCUCUACGGUACGUGUCGCCACUGGACAGCAGCCCAAGCCCGAACUCCAGGCUAAGCCUCCACUCAGAGCAGGACCUGGACCUGGAGUAUGAUGAUGAAGUCCUAGAGGAGUGGAUGAUCCUGGGAGGAGAGGAGCAGGAGGGAGAUGGGGACAUCCAGCUCAACCUGGGGUACUGGAGCAGCAGCUCAGAGUCGCAUUCUGGAACAGAGGAUGAAGAACUGAAUGCAAAAUAUGCUCUCAAACACAACUGGGCCAUAAUAGAGAAGGACAAGCCACGCCCAUACCGCUAUUUCACCUCUGGCCGGAGUCUCACCUGUCACAACUGCAACAAGACUGGACACCUGGCCAAGGGCUGUACCACCCCGAGGAGGCGACCCACCUGUGUGUUGUGUGGGCUCCAGGGCCAUGUCCAGAGGGCCUGUCCAGGCCGGCACUGCCACAGCUGUGGGCUCCCCUCACACGGGUACCAGCCCUGCCCUGAACCCCCUUUCUGGAACCAGCACUGCCACCGCUGUGGGAUGGCUGGCCACCUAUCAGAUGCUUGUCCGGAUACAUGGAGACAAUUCCACUUCACAACUCAGCAGGAGGUUCCCCUCAGGCCACACGUUGACCACACCCACAAACACUGCAGACACACCGCUCACUGCUACAACUGCUCCAGGAGAGGACACCUCGGCCAUGUGAGACCAUCUACAUCCGGUGUCUGUCUUUCUCUGUUUCUCUUUCUUUCUCUUAUUCCUUUCUCUGUUUGUCCUUUAAAAAAUAACUUAUUGUCCCUCUAUCUACCUUUCCCUCUGUAUUUUUUGCUCACCCUUCCCCCCUUCUUUCAGGAGUGUACUCAGAGGAGGAUGAUCAGUGGGACGUUUGCCUCGCUCCCCUACGUCUGUCACUACGACAACAAGCAGGACAUUGUCAAACUGAACACCAGGAUACACAGAAAAGCCAGAGAGCUAAGGGUGGAGGGCUUCAUGCCUCUGUUAGAGCACCAGAGGACCUACGUGACACCAGGGGGCAGUAGUGAAGAGGAGCGCCCCUCCCCAGCUCCAGGGAGGAGGAGAAGCCUGGAGGGCAGGAGGAAGACGUGGCCGGAGAGACGCAGGGAGAGACGGGAGGUGAAGAAGCUGAGGAGAGAGGCCCAAGCCAGGAGGGCGGUUGGGACGACCAAAUGGGGCUCAGACGAGGUUGUUUACACCAGGGACCACUUUAAGAACCCCCACAGAGAACCCAUACCUCCCCCUCAGAAGAAGAGACGCCGUGAGGAAAGGAGGGAGAGCAAGAGUGAGGAGAGGAGUAGGAAGGGCAGAAGUAAAGAGAGCAGUAGGAAGAAUAGAGAAGCAGAGAGGUGGAAGAAGAGAGGAGGGCUGAAGCCUGGGUACCUGUACCCCCGUGAUGACUUGGGACCCAUGAAUGAUUACCUCCUCUCCCCCAAAAAUAGGGUGCGAAUUUUAUAAGAAAACAGAUGUUGUGUUUGUAUUGUAUUCCAUUAUGUUUGAAUAGCUGAUGAGUGUCUUGAGAAUUUUAGUCAAAUUUUAUGAACAAAUGUGGGUUUUAUUCUUUUUGGUAGAAAUGGCUGGGUUGUGACAUUGCAGGACACUGUUGGAGUAUAGGAAAUGUUAAACAAAUAUAUAUUUUUAACGUAUUCACCCUACUUGAAUGAUUGACAAAUAAAGCAUUAGGCUAGGG